AGUGUUUCUCAGCAGCAGACUGCCCCCCUGUGACAGUUCCUUCCCCUUUGAGGGUUGAUCUUAUCUUGAACAGUAGGAAGCCAUUCAUAGGAGCGUGUGUACAAGUAUCUGGGCUGUCAGUUCACUUUGUGUGGUGAGACUACAUUCAUACUCUUAACCUAUUUAGUCAACAGCUUCACAUAUUCCACAAAAAAAGAGUCUCACAAAAAUGGCGUCUUCCUCUCCUGUUUUGGACUGUGGUUUGGACGAGUUCACCACACACAUGGUGUUGUCCAGCCUCCUCUUUCUCCUUUUCGUCCCCGCCACGGCCCUCAACAGCGUGGCAGCCUGGGUGUGCCUCCACCUGCGCUCCUCCUCUACCUUCAUGGUCUACCUCAAGAACCUGGUGGUGGCCGACCUCCUCAUGACCCUCACCCUGCCUCUGUCCGCCACCGCGCUACUUCCUGGUUGUCCCGUGGCGUUGAGGGCCUUCACCUGCCGCGUGUCAGACCCUGUGUUCUACUGCUGUAUGUACAUGAGCGUGAUCCUGCUGGGCCUCAUCAGUCUGGACCGCUUCUUCAAAGUGGUGAGGCCCAGAGGCAGGAGGCCCUGCCAGAGCCUGACGCUCAGCAAGACCAUCUCUGCCUCCGCCUGGCUGUUCUUCAUCACCUCCAACAUCCUGCCCACCAUCGUCCUGACCAAUCAGGUCCCUGUCAACGGGUCGAGGGACCUCUGCAUGAAGAUGAAGAGCCCCACUGGGAAGGCCCUCCACCAGAAGGUGGUGUCGAUCAACAACGCAAUCUUCUGGUGCGUGUCCGUCCUGAUAGGGGUCUGCUACGUCUGCAUAGCCAGGAAGGUUUUCCAGUCGUACAAGAACUCUGGGAGCAACAACGAUGAAGGGAACCGGAGGGUUAAGGUCCGGGUGUUUGUGGUUGUCAUGGUUUUCCUGCUGUGUUUCGUUCCCUACCACGUCCUUCGGAUCCUCUACAUGAAGCUCCGGGCUGACAAGCCCAGCUGCCUCAAGACCAAACUACGCUUCGCCAAGAAGUUCUCAGUGUGGCUGGCAAUGACCAACGUCUGCCUGGACCCACUCAUAUACUUCUUCCUGUGCAAGCCUUUCAGAAACAAGCUCAGAGAGAUGAUUCGCAUUGGGGAUUGGACCAAUUCCCAGUCCUCUACAAACAAUGACGAAGCCACAGUUUGAUAAGCCGAAGGGCUGGGUUUAGCUCAGUGGUUACAGCACUUGCUGACAGAUCCAAUAGGUUUGUUGUUUAGGAUUGCAUUUUCUGCUAAAUGGAUGUGUUUUAGGUUUAAAUGGCUGCAGAUCAAGUCUUGAAUCUCCCCGGCAAAGUCUGCUAAAUGUAUAACAUAUUUUUAUUAUUAUGACUAAUUUCAUAGCAUUUAACAAGUUCAAAUCUCCCCUGAACUGUACA